ACGCCAUUUCAUGUCAUCAAAAUUAAGCUAACCGAUCAUUCGUUAGUAUUAAUUCAUUCCUCUUCAGUCUCUGUAGAAAACCUAAUACCAUUUGCAAAUUAUAUCCGCUUCCAUGGCUCACACAUUUCUCACAUCAAAUCAUCAAAACAAAGCAAUUUGCUUACUGGGUCUCCUCGUUCUCACACUGUCCAUGCUGCAGACAAGCGAUGCAAAUCAAUUUCAAGUAGGAGGAACAGGGCGUUGGGGUCCCGAUUCAACCGACUACAAUCAAUGGGCUGAAAAAAAUAGAUUUCAGAUUGGAGACACCAUAGCUUUUGACUACACUGCCGGCAAUGACUCACUGAUUGUAGUACACAAUAAGGAGGACUACGACAACUGCACCACGGACUCACCUGUUCAGAAUUUCACCGAUGGCCACACUGUCUACACCUUCAACCAAUCAGGAGCUUACUAUUUCAUUAGUGGGAACAAAGAUAAUUGUCUCAACAAAAAUCAGAAGUUAAUAGUCGUUGUCUUGGCGGAUAGAAGCAAUCGCUAUUCCAACCAAACAAAUUCAGCUAUGUCUCCACUUUCAAACUCAACCGAGACAUCCCCGUCUCCGGCACCGGCUGCCGGGUCUGUGGAGAUGAACCCAACUCCAUCUCCUACAAGUGAAAUUCCACCACCUCCUCCUCCUCCAAGCGCUGCUUCUGCUAACUUGGUGAGCUUCAUUGCGUAUAUCGGAGCCUUUGCUGCUUCAUCACUUCUUUUGGUAUUCUAAUUGGAUUGCUCAACUAAGUUUGGAUUUCUCCAUUUGGACAUUAUUUUUCUUCCCUUUUUUAAUUUUUUAAUUUUUACCUUUCAAUAUGUAUAUUUUUUUCCCCUUAUCUUGAGCUCAGUGUAUUGAACUGAGAUUCGGCUUGGUGGUUUGGUAUUUGUUUGUUUACAAGUCUGAAUAAGCUGACAGAAAAAAUAAUAAUACGGUUUGCUGGCUUUUUAUGCAUUGAAAAACAUUAAUGUAUAUUUGUCUAAGGAAAUAAAAUGACUUUUUAAUUGAGUGAUGAAGAAUUUAA